AUGUACGCACGCAUCUUCGUGUCACUGUUGGUGCUGUUCGGGGUGCGGUACAGUGCCUGCAACAGUCUGCCGUGUGACUUCAUCGACUCGGUGAACAUUACCGACGGCGAGCGGCUACCGAACGGGGACAUCCGGCACGGCGGGGUUGUGUACAACAGCACCUACUAUCGCACGAUCGACUACGACUAUGAGGACUUUUCGACGAAAACGUUCGUCAAGGAGUACAUCCGGGGGUGUCUGUGUGCCGUGCGCAUCUGCGUGCGGCUGUGCUGCCGGCAGAACGAGUUCCUGAAUCGAAGCUGCACACCCUCGGCGGACUACCUGCCGGUGAAGGCCAACCUCAGCCAGUCGGAGGCGAUCGACCUGCGCCAGAACGAGCGGUUCGGUUUCCUGUACGGGAAGCCGUGCCCGCAGGUGUACGAACUGCUGCCGAACGAGAGUCCCGCCGACGAAUGGGUGGUAGCAAGGAAUGGCAGCAUUAUUGUGGCGGAGGAAAUGCUUCUCAGCCGGAACCAGUACUGCCUGGCGCAACGGGGCAACACCGACUACGUCAGCGGGAUGGUUUGCUUCGACACGCAGGAGGACUUCAAGUACGAUCUAUACCCUGUCGGUAUGCUUCUUUCCGUGCCCUUCCUGCUGAUGACGUUCUUCGUGUACGCCUGCAUUCCGGAACUACGGAACAUGCACGGCAAGUCCCUGAUGUGCUACGUGCUGGGCCUAAGCGUCGGCUACACCGUGCUCUCGAUGGUACAACUGCGACUGUUUCCCGGCUCGAGCACAUCCUGUCUGAUAUCGGGCUACAUCGUGUACUUCUCGUUCAUGGUUAGCUUCUUCUGGUUGAACGUGAUGUCCUUCGAUAUCUACUGGACGUUUAAAGGCGUCAAGGGGGUUCGCAGUACGGAGACGAAGAAAUUUCUGUUCUACUCGCUCUACGCCUGGGGUGUGCCGGUCCUGCUGACGGCAACCGUGGUCACGGCGGAUAACACCGACAUUUUGCCCGUGUACCUUCGACCCCAGUUUGGUACCACCAGGUGUCUGUUCAUCGAAAACAAACUCAUCGAAUUCCUGUACCUGUACUUGCCGCUGCUUAUUCUGGUGUUCAUGAACGUGGUGUUCUUCGUCGUCACUGCCCUCCGGAUCUACAAGAUACAGUGCGAGACUUCGAUGGUGCGUCGUGGGGACUCGAAACGUCACGCCAAGCUUGACAAUGACCGUGAUAGAUUCGGACUGUACCUGCGCUUGUUCAUCGUAAUGGGGGUCACCUGGUCGCUGGAAAUCAUAUCCUGGGCCGUCGACAACAAUGCCUGGAUCUUCUACGUGUCGGAUGUCUGCAACUGCAUUCAGGGUUUUCUCAUAUUCUCCCUGUUUGUGCUGAAGCAGAAAAUCAAGCGGCUCAUUUACAAAAAAUUCGGUAUUCGCGAGACCCGCCAGGAGCAAACGAUGUCCACGUGCAGCACUCGAACCACGGGCACCAUGGUGUCCUCGUACAACAGUUCCAGAACGGAGAAGCCGCUGGUCUCCCAGUCCACCAAUCGGUUAACAUCACCGAUGGGACGGUGCAAGACGAUGGAUCCAGAGUGCAUGAUGGAGUACGAUACGGUUCAGAUCAACUAUACUACAGCGGUAGUGAUGUAUUCGGGAGCGUCAUUCCAGAUGGUAGACGUAUUGAAUGACCCGCAGUAUCACUUUUUCUUCAUGAAACCUGAUUGUGAUAUUUCGGAGAUUUUGGGAUUGCCACCGCACGAAUACGUCCUUCAAUCGGAUGGCAGCAUAGCGUACGGAUUGGAGAUAUUCAACUAUCGCCAGUUCGGCCUGAUGCAAGACAACGCAACCGGAGAUACAUGGGCAGCAAACUGCCAAACGGAGGAUGUGCUGGCCCACCAUAAGUGGUACGCGAUCGGCAUCAUCGUAUCGUUGCCGUUCAUGGUGGCCACCUUCGUGGUGUACGCGCUGCUCCCCGAGUUGCAGAACAUCCCCGGCAAGUCCCUGAUGUGCUACGUGGGGGCCUUGACCGUCGCAUACCUGCUGCUGACGCUGAUGCGCUUCAGGUUGUACGAGUACCGGUCCGGGUGGUGCAUCGGCACCGCAUACACCGUUUACUUCGCGCUGCUGGCUAGUUUCUUCUGGCUAAAUGUGAUGGCGUUCGACAUCUUCUGGACGUUUGGUGGCAGCCGUGGACGGACGAGCGAGCGCCGGAAAUUCCUGUACUACAGUCUGUACGCGUGGGGCGUUCCGUUGGCUCUGCUGGUGUUCGUGCUGCUAGUUGAUCAUACCGAUUUUAUACACCACGAAUACCGCCCGAAGUUUGGCCUAGAGCGGUGCCUCUAUAGUGAAGACCAACUCAUCGGGUUCGUGUACAUGUACCUUCCGAUGGGGCUGCUAGUCGGGGCCAACGUGUUCUUCUUUGCCAUGACCGCGUUUCGCAUCUACCGCAUGCAGCAGUCGACGGCAACGGCCCUCUCCGGGGACUCUAGGCGCCACACAAAGUACGAGAAGGACAGAUAUCGGUUUAGCCUGUAUUUGCGCCUGUUCGUCAUCAUGGGUGUGUCUUGGACUUUGGAGUUCGUCACCUGGAAACUCGAAAAACCCCGUGAAAACCAAUCCACCGCCGCUCGAGUGAUGUUCUAUCUGACCGACAUCUCCAACUGCUUGAUCGGGAUCUUCAUAUUCAUUCUGUUCGUUUGGAAGCAGCGUGUGAAGGAGCUCCUGUUGAAGCGGUUCGGUCGCCAACAGCCCGUCCCGCAUCGUGACCAUAACACCAACAACACUAGUAUCACGUCGGACACAAAAUCUAGUGCAGGGCAUGACGUACCGCUAACGAAGGGGACUUACAUGAAUUGA